CGAAAGACGCGGAAGCACCGGAUUUCGACAUUGUUUCAUUUCAAUGGGACGUCUUCAGAAUGCACGCGUUGGCUGGUGAUGCAGACCCCGCCAUCUAUUCACCAGACUUUUACGAGGAUCCAGAUGACAAGAUCAUCAAUGAAGCACCGCCUGAGAAGGUACAGGCUCUUCAAGAUCGCAAAGCUCGGCAGGGUCGGAUAAUCCAGGAGGCUGAAGAGGUCGAAGAGACUGCGAGGCUUCGGAUGACGCAAGGGGAUCGAGCAGCGUUGGAGGCUUAGGAAGACAUCGUGG